AUGGCAACCACAUUCAAGUAUCUUGUUUCCCUAAUCUUCCUUGCUUUUGUCAUCAAAGGAUCAUGUGGCCAAAUGUGUCCGUUGAACAGCCUUCAAAUUGUCCAAAGAAACACUGGGCAAGUAGUAGCUGGCAAGCCUCUAUGGAGGGUGGAGGUUAUCAACAAUUGCAUUUGUGAUCAAAGCCAAAUAAUGUUGUCUUGUAACGGGUUUCAAUCUUUCGAGGGUGUUGACCCGUUAAUUCUUAAAAAGAUAGGUGAUAAUUGCCUCUUAUAUAACGGUCAUUUAUUGAGUCCUAGAAAUAUCGAUGUAUUUGCCUAUGCUUCGGAUUCAUCCUUUCCUUUUGUUCCUGUAAGCUCUGUUACAGGUACAUGCCAUCAAAAAGAUAUAUAGUGUAUUCAAAACAUGAUAUGGAUUUCAAAGGAUUUAAGA